UUUUAGUCCAGCAGGGUACACUUUCCUGCCUUUUUACUUCAUUUCCCUUUCCUUGGCUUGGCAACCAACACAACACAACACCCCUCUUUUUUCCUCUUUAAAGAGAAAGCUGAAUUUGCUGAUAGCUAGAGGAGCUGUGGUGCCCAGUACUAUUGCACUCUCUGCCUCGUCGAGUUGAAUCUCUUCGCCAUUGGCUCUCAGAUUUUUUUUAUUUUUUUAUUUGUCUUGGAUGAUCCAUGUACUUGCAAAACCUCACUCUUCAUUCUUAAGAGGCUUCUCACAUUUGAAGCAUUCUUAUCAUUAUGGAUCACAAGUCUUGGCUUUGGGGGAAAAAAGCCACACUGAAGACAAAUUUAGUCACUGACAAAACAAAUCUCACUUCAAAAGAAAAUGGAGAGGUACAGGCUCCUCUAACUGAUAAAGAAAAAUUGGAGAAAGACUUAAAAAGAUUAAAUGAUAAGCUUGCUUUUACACUUUCUGAAUGUAAUUCUAAAGAUGAGCAGAUCAAGAAACAAACGAAAAUUGUACAAGAAGCAGUGGCAGGAUGGGAGAAAGCAGAAGCUGAAAUAUUGUCUAUGAAGCAACAUAUUGAUGAAUCAAUACAACAGCAGUUAGUUUAUAAAGAAAGAGUGGCCCAAUUGGAUGGUGCUCUCAAAGAAUGUAUGCAACAGUUACGUUUUGUAAGAGAAGAACAAGAGCAAAGGAUUCAUGAUGCUGUCAUGAAGGCUUCUAAAGAAUUUGAAGAAGCACGCAUAGUUUUGGAGGAGCAGCUAUCAGAGACCAGUAAAGGGCUUGCUAAAUCUGGGGUUGAAAGUUCUCGUCUUAAUAAAUCUAUUAUUGCUAAAGAAAAUUUGAUUGAAGAUCUGAAAAGACAAUUGGCUCAUGCAGAGGCUGAUCAUAAUGCAUUGAUGAUUAGAUUAGAGUCCAUUGAGAAAGAUAAUGCAUCCUUGAAGUAUGAAGCUCAAGUGCUUGAAAAGGAACUUGCAAUUAGAAAUGAGGAAAGAGAAUUUAAUCGUCGAGCAGCUGAUGCUUCUCAUAAGCAGCACUUACAGAGUGUAAAAAAAAUUGCCAACUUAGAAUCAGAAUGUCAAAGACUGCGUAUUCUGGUUCGAAAACGGUUACCAAGUCAAGCUUCCCUGGCAAAAAUGAAAAAUGAAGUUGAAAUGUUGGAACAUGAUUCACUUGAAAUGAGAAGGAAAAACUUGAACUCAACCAGUGUAGUGGUUGAAUCUUCACUAGACAGUUCUCCUGAGACUACCAUUAGAAGAAUCACUGCUUUGACUGAUCAACUAUGUACUGUGGAAGAAGAAAACAAGACUUUGAAAGAAUCGCUAAAUAGGAAAACAAAUGAAGUCCAAUUCUCAAGAGUAAUGCUUGCUCGCACAGCUUCUAAACUGAUGCGACUUGAGUCGGAGAUUGAAUCUAGAGGUCAUGUGAACAUGGAGCUGCCUAAAAGUAAUCCUGCAUUGCAAGAUAUAUCUUUGUCAUCAAUGUCUGACAUUGGCAGUGAUGACAAGGUUAGCUGUGCCGACUCCUGGGCUUCUGCAUUGAUUUCAGAAUUGGAGCACUUUAGAAGUGUAAAACAGAAGGAAUCAAUGUCAUGCAAAAGUGUUGGACCUUCAGAUAUAAGCCUAAUGGAUGACUUCCUUGAAAUGGAAAAAUUAGCAGUGGUCUCUGUUGAAAAAGCCCCCAAAAUUUCUUGUGCUUCUUUAGAAGAAAAUAAUGAAAUAGAUGGCCUGCCAGAGGCUAGACCGAAUGGGAUUAGCUCUGAAGUGAUAAGUAAGGAGAUCAUUCCUGUCUCUGAUCAUUUGUCAGAGUUCUCUACAUCAAAUCAGGAAUCAUGUUCCAUUGACAUAUUAAAUGGUGAUAUUCCUGGUUGGCUUUUGGAUGUAGUAAAAGCGAUAUUGGAACAAAACUGUGUCACUCAUAAGAACUUUGAUGACAUAUGUGAGGAUAUUAGAUUGGCUUUGAGCUAUCUAAAUAAUGCAGAUCAAUGCCGGUUUGAUUCAAGCAAAGGUCAUCCAUUUGAUGGAUCUAAGCCUCUCCAUUUUAGUCAGCUCACUUCAUGGAAACCUUUGAAUAAUUCUGUGGUAGAUCCAUGUGGUGAAGUAAAUGAUGCUGAGAUUUUAUCAAUAAAGGGAACUAAACAGAAAUCUCAAAGAGAUCUGAGCCAGUCAAUUGGUAAGAUAAUUGAGCUUAUUGAAGGGAUUAGCAUGCCUGCUGAGGAUUAUGAUAAUUCAGAUUCCUUGUACAAAAGAGAUGGAAAUAUCCAUGCACAUAAGAAUCAAGGAAUUCCUACAGACUACAUGGUCCGUGUUUUCCAGUGGAAAACGUCUGAACUCAGUAAUGUCUUGCAGCAAUUUCUCCAUGUGUGUUAUGAUUUACUCAAUGACAAGGCUGAUCAUGAAAAAUUUGCCACAGAACUAACGACAUCUUUGAAUUGGAUUAUGAAUCACUGCUUUUCACUUCAGGAUGUUUCUAGUAUGAGGGAUGCCAUUAAAAAACAAUUUGAUUUGGAUGAGACACUAAGUGAAAAUGAAGCUGAAACAGGGAUGUUUGCAGACGCAGAUAAGUUGCAUCUUCCCAUAGAACAGUUAUCAUGUUUGCCUGUGCUAACUAAUUCAGAUUGUCAUGAUGUUCCAACUAAAGAUAUGCAAUAUGUUGAUAAGGAAGAAAUUAAAAAUAUUGAAGAUGAAGUAAUCAGUUCUGAAUCUGAGAAAGAAGGGAGGCUCCAAUCAGCUAUAAAUCAACUUCAGGAAUCAGAGAAAACUAUUGGCAGCUUGAGAUUGGAAUUGCAAACCUUGAAAGAAUUGAAUCGAAUGCUUGAGGAGCAAGUACAAAAUCAUGCAUUCAUAAAUGCAGAUCUUGACACUCAGCUAACAGAAACUGAAUUAAAAGAAGCUAAUCACAAGGUUUUGGCAUUAGAAGUGGAAGUGGAGAACAAAAAUCAAUAUUGUGAAGAAUUAGAGACCAGAUGCAUUGAACUUCAGCUCCAGCUUGAAAGCAUGACAAAGAAGUGGUCAGACAAUGAUGCUUAUCAGAAAGAUGAGCCACUGCAAACUGACUGGGAGAUAACUGCUGCAUCAGAAAAGUUGGCAGAGUGUCAAGAAACCAUCCUUAACCUUGGGAAGCAGUUGAAGGCAUUAGCUGCACCAAAGGAUGCGUCCCUUUUUGACAAUGCCAUUGCUGCUCAACGUCAUACAGUUACAGACACAAAUACUGUCCCCCUAAAAGACAUGAAAGUGAAAAAUCGAUCUUCUCUAUUUGAUCAGAUGUUGGCUGAUGAUGAUACUAAAGCUAAGGUUAGCAAAGCAAGUGAAAGAGGCUCCAGUCCCACCAGCAUUCCAGGUUUCAAACAGCCACUGGAAAAGAUUUUACUUUUGAAUGAACUUAAAGGCCAGGAUGACAGUGCCAGUGUUGAUUCUAUGGCCAUUGUACCAGCCAAGAAAUCCGGUGGUCGAAAUUUUUGGAGAAGGCUAUUUGGGAGAAAGAAAUCCAAGAAGAAAACACAGUUUUCAUUGAACACGUGAAAUUCUGUUCUAGUGUUGUUUUAGUACUUCACGUGACGGGGUAACAGUUAUAUCUCCUUUGCUAUAUUUCUAAUGAAGUGAUGUUUGUGUCUUGACUCUUGUUUAUACGACUGAAAAUUAACAACUGAUUAUUCAAGUUAUUGGAUGCAUGAAACAGUUGUUGUGGCAUA